AUGUUUGUGUCGCCGGACAUUGAAAACAAGCUAGAAGCUCAGACUCUGUCUCUCUAUCAACAAAUGGAGGAGGAUAACACCAAGCUACUACAAACCUACAAACAGGACCUGGAAAUGUACAGUACUAAGUUAAAACACCAAGCACAGGAAUGUAAGAUAGCACUUCAGCGUGGCUCUGACAUACAAGUCUACGACACAGGACAUGAGAUUCAAUCUUCUGCCACUCUCCCUGUAAAACCUACCCUGUGUACUGCUAGCUUCAGUCCGAACCGAAAUCCUCAGGGUCACCUGGAACAAGCUUUCGGAGAAGUUAACACCUCAGAUCAAUGUCAGGGUCAGGGCUUACUUGGAUCAUCCACUGGACAAAGACUUCCCUCUACACAACACAGAUCAAAAGGGGAAAAAGAAUUGACCAGUCCAGUGUAUAUUCUGUUGCCUCAGACCAAGGUGUUGGGGGAGUUGAUUUCUCCAUGUGACAUUACUUCUGUAUGUCCCAUCACUGAUGGUCAGGUGUGGACCAGUUACUUUUACAGUAACACCUUAACUCUCCUGGACAGGAAGGGCAAAGUAAUACAGGAGGUUACACACAAUGCUGAGAUCAUAGACAUAAGUCUGUCACCCACAACCAACACACUGUGGAUCUGUGACAGGAAAAAUAACAUCACAGAGCUCGUGUCAGGAGGACUAGUACACAGCGAGGGUUCAUUGCCAGAAGCUACAGGGACUGGGAAACCAUUAGUGUGUAGACCAUACAGGAUCUCAGAGUGUCCUGUCACUCACAAUGUCGCAGUGGUUGACUUUGAUAAUAAAAAUCAAGGUGGUGAAGGGAAACCACGUUUUGUUGUCAUGGAUACAGAUUUCAAGGAACUAUUUGUGUAUGGUGGUGAAGUCCUCCAUACAUAUCAACCACCAUCACAGUCAGAAGGUGAAAGGUUUAACCCAUAUGGUGUUGUGUAUGACAGUGUGGGUAACCUUGUCAUCGGGGACUUUAACAAUAAGAGUGUCGUACUCAUCAGUGGGUGUGGUGAGUUCCUCAGGAUCUUACACAAAGAUGGUUACUGUGCCUAUGCCAUUAGAGUACACAAGAAGGAUGUCCUAUGGGUUGUGUUUGGGGUUAACAAAGUCAAACUCCUACACUACAGCAGUGUGUGA